AUGGCAUCUGACAGACACCAUUGCUCGUGUUGCUCCCAUCCAGUCUCCUCUCCCAGUGUUCAGCAGACGCUCAGUGAGAUGGAUUUUGAACGAGGAAUCUGGUCUGCCGCCAUGGAUGGGGACCUGGACAGGGUCAAGUCGUUUGUCCAGAAGAGCACAGACCCAAACCUGAGAGACUCGGCAGGAUACGCAGCUCUGCACUACGCAAGCCGCAGCGGUCAUCACACCGUCUGCAAGUUUCUCCUUGAGAAUGGUGCUUGUGCAUCUCCCCAGACACCAGGCGGUGCCACACCGCUCCAUCGAUCAGCUUACUGCGGUCAUCUGGAAGUGGUCAGACUCCUGCUGCACCACAGAGCAGAUCCGAUGCUCUGUGAUGACGACGGCUCGUCCCCGUUGCAUAAGGCUGCAGAACGGGGUCACGAAGAGGUGUGUCGGCUGCUUCUGGAGCACUGUCCUGCACUCUGCAGCCAAGUGAAUAAGAGGCUCCAGCUACCCUUUCAGCUGGCGCAGCACGGAGAUCUGCAGGAGCUCUUAAAACCACCCCGGUGAUGACAGACACGCUGCAUGUGGAGUUGCUAAGAACAGACAAGUGACAUGAGCUCAAAACAUACUAGGUGAGGUCCGCUUAAGUCGGGAUUACACUCGUCUUGACCUGGAUUCACUACACUUGGCUGCUUUUUUCUCAGCUGAACAUCAGCAAAGAGCCACUUAAUGAUGCUGUCAACAUUAACUUCAUGCCAUAAACGCCAUCCUGGUUUUAAUUUAAAGCUUAUUGUCUGUAUAAUAAUUACACCUCCUUAGCUAUAGAGACGUGCAAAAGCUGUUAAACAAUACCAGUGUCCAGCAUCAGAUGACUGUUGACCAUUAAGAUAAAAUAAAAGCUCUUCAGCCUUUGUGUUAUGAAGAGUUAGUUACAGCUCAGGUAUUUAGUUUGGGUUUGAGGGCUGACUAGUAAAGAGGAAAAACAUCAUUGGGAAGAAUCAAUUGAAUACACUGACCUGACACUGAAUGUUUGAUCUUUAAUGGGGAUUAUUUCAUAGUGGAAUUUAUCUGAAAAACAGAUUUUUAAGUUCAAUACAAGAGCAAAGCAGGCACACGAGUUAGCUACUGACACAUAGGAACAGCAGUCCAGUUAAAAGGUCCACUGAGUAGGAUUUAGGGGGAUAUAUUGGCAGAAAUUGAAUAUAAUGAAAUGAGUAUGUUUUCAUUAGUGUAGAAUUACCUGAAAAUAAGAAAUGUUUUCGUUAAGUUCAGUCGUUUAUAUAUACAUAGGGAGGUGGUCAUUGUCCCUGAGUCUGCUGUGUUGCUCCGCCAUGUUUCUACAGUAGCCCAGAACAGACAAACCAAACAAAGACUCUAGAAAGGUUCAUUCAAGCUUUUGCAUCAUCCAUUGUGUGUUAACAGGCUCUCCAUGAUGAGUAGCAUCUGAAAAACACUGAUUAAAAAAAUAUAUAUG